UUUCCCCUGACAAGCAGUUCGACGGUUCUCCCUUCGCGUUAUCGCCACCUGAUUUUGACUCUCAGAACUGGAUGGUUGAUCCCGAGACUUUUGACGUUGCCGGGUUUAUGGUCACCUGGGAUGACGGAAGAUACGGAUAUGUACUUUAUCCUUCUUGGAUUACGCGAGACGGGUGCGAGCGAAACUAGCAGCGAUGACUGGGUGGAGGAGGAUCCCACUGUGACGGAAACCCAUAGUCCCUUCAAGAUGCUGAGCGGGAGCGAAGGCGAAUUUGGUAAGAUUCUCACUGGGUCACUGACCUGCGGUGGCAGCUCCUUGGUCAUGCCGUCUCAAUCGACGUUGAGCAAGGAAGAGAAGGAUAAAGUGAAACUCGCUAUUCCAGCUCCCUCAAACAAGAUUUUCUAUGCCACGCUUGCCCGAGUCUACUACGCUUACCCGCAGCCGAACGAAUGGUUGUAUUCUGGCCUUCAGGGUGCUCUCGUGCUUACCAAGAACAACUCAAGUGGCGCACUUUCAUUCAAACUUGUAGAUUUGAGUGCUACAAGAGGCGUUAUAUGGGAACACGAAUUCUACGAUGGUCUGGAUUACUUUGCUGACAGGGCAUUCUUCCAUUCAUUUCCUGGCGACGCAAGCGAUUCUUCUCGUCUGGAUUAA